UGCUGGGCAUGGCGUUGGGCGGGCAGGGGUUAGGCCCGACUCCCCUCCUUGUCCCGCGACUCCAGGAGGGCCCCCAGUGGCUCCACGUGCGGGACUUCGACCGGCUGCUGCGGGAGUCCCAACGGGAGGUGCUGCGGCUGCAGAGGCAGAUCGCCCUGCGCAACCAAAGGGAGCCGCCCCCGCCGCCUCGGCCCCCAGGCCGGGCCGCCCCGGCCAGAGCAGGGGCGCCCGCCCCCGGGGCCCCGGGAGAGGCCACGCCCCAGGAGGAUGUGGAAAACCCACCCGUGGUCCUAGGGGAGCCAGAGAAACAGCAGAGGGUGCAGCAGCUGGAAUCAGAGCUCAGCAAGAAGCGGAAGAAAUGCGAGAGCCUGGAGCAGGAAGCCCGGAAAAAGCAGAGGCGAUGUGAGGAGCUGGAACUGCAGCUGAGGGAAGCCCAGAGUGAGAAUGCCCGCCUCGUGGAGGAGAACUCUCGGCUCAGUGGGAGAGCCACGGAGAAGGAGCAGGUGGAAUGGGAAAAUGUGGAGCUGAGGGGCCAGCUCCUGGGAGUGACGCAGGAGAGGGACUCGGCCCUUCUCAAGAGCCGGGGCCUGCAGAGCAAGCUGGAGAGCCUGGAGCAGGUGCUGAAGCACAUGCGGGAGGUGGCCCAGCGGAGGCAGCAGCUGGAGGUGGAGCACGAACAGGCCCGGCUUAGCCUGCAGGAGAAGCAGGAGGAGGUCCGGAGGCUGCAGCAGGCCCAGGCAGAAGCCCAGAGGGAACACGAAGGGGCCGUGCAGCUGCUGGAGUCUACCCUGGAUUCCAUGCAGGUCCGGGUUCGAGAGCUGGAGGAGCAGUGCCGCAGCCAGACUGAGCGCUUCAGCCUCCUGGCGCAGGAGCUCCAGGCCUUCCGCCUGCACCCGGGCCCCUUGGAUCUGCUCACCUCCUCCCUGGGCUACAGUACCCUUGGGGACCGCCCGCCUCCCCCCUGCUGCUGCUCUACCCCCCAGCCCUGCCGGGGGUCUGGCCCCAAAGACCUUGACCUCCCGCCAGGCUCCCCAGGGCGCUGCACCCCAAAGUCUUCUGAGCCUGCCCCUGCCACCCUUGCUGGGGGCCCCCGAAGGACGGCCAAGAAGGCAGAGUCUCUCUCCAACUCCUCUCGUUCCGAGUCCAUCCACAACAGCCCCAAGUCAUGCCCUACGCCCGAGGUGGACACAGCCAGCGAGGUGGAGGAGCUGGAGGCAGACAGCGUCUCCCUGCCCCCAGCAGCACCGGAGGGCAGCCGGGGGGGAGCCAGGAUCCAGGUCUUCCUCGCUCGCUACAGCUACAACCCCUUCGAGGGCCCCAAUGAGAACCCAGAGGCAGAGCUUCCACUUACCGCUGGCGAGUACAUCUACAUCUAUGGCAACAUGGACGAGGAUGGCUUCUUUGAAGGGGAGCUCAUGGAUGGCCGAAGGGGCCUGGUCCCUUCCAAUUUUGUAGAGCGUGUGUCCGACGACGACCUCCUGACCUCCCUGCCUCCAGAGCUGGCUGAUCUGUCCCACAGUUCAGGCCCUGAACUCAGUUUCCUGAGUGGAGGCGCGGGCGGCAGCAGUAGCGGGGGCCAGAGCAGCGGGGGACGCAGCCAGCCCAGAACAGAGGAGGAGGCUGCAGGGGACGAGCUCAGUCUGAGCCCCUCGCCCGAGGGCCUGGGUGAGCCCCCUGCCGCGCCUUACCCCCGCUGUCUGGCUGUCCUCAAGCAGCUGGCCCACAGUGUGGUGCUGGCCUGGGAGCCGCCUCCUGAACGCGUGCAGCUGUGUGGCUACCACAUCUGUGUGAAUGGGGAGCUGCGGCAGGCCCUGGGGCCCGGGGCGCCCCCCACGGCUGUGCUUGAGAAUCUGGACCUGCAGACCGGGCCCCUCCGUGUCUCUGUUCAGGCCAUGACCAGCUGGGGCGGCUCUGACCCUCUGCGCUGUUGCUUGGUGCUAGGGGCCCGGGCCGGGGUGGCACCUAGCCAGCUGCGGGUCCAUCGACUGACAGCCACGUCCGCUGAGAUCACCUGGGCGCCCGGCAAUAGCAACUUGGCCCAUGCCAUCUACCUCAAUGGGGAAGAGUGCCCCUUUGCCUGCCCUAGCACCUACUGGGCCACCUUCUGCCACCUGCGGCCUGGUACGCUCUAUCAGGCCCGAGUGGAGGCUCAGCUCCCGCCUCGAGGGUCCUGGGAACCAGGCUUGGAGAGGCCAGAGCAGCGGGCUGCCACCCUGCAGUUCACCACACUCCCAGCAGGCCCACCUGAUGCCCCCCUGGAUGUGCAGGUUGAGCCAGGGCCCUCCCCUGGAAUCUUGAUCAUCAGCUGGCUCCCGGUAACAAUUGAUGCUGCUGGCACCUCCAACGGCGUCCGGGUCACAGGCUAUGCCAUUUAUGCUGAUGGGCAGAAGAUCAUGGAGGUGGCCUCCCCUACAGCAGGCAGCGUGCUGGUGGAGUUGUCGCAGCUGCAGCUGCUGCAGGCAUGCCGCGCGGUGGCCGUGCGCACCAUGUCGCCCCACGGCGAGUCGGCCGACUCCAUCCCGGCUCCCGUCGCCCCCGCCCUGGCUGCAGCCUCCUUGCCAGCCAGGGUCUCCUGCCCCUCCCCACGACUGGGCUCGGAGGCCAGACCGCCCCUUGCUCCAGCCUCCCCGGGGCCUGGAGACCCCAGCUCUCCCCUCCGGUGCCCCAACCCCCAUGGAACUCGAGAGCCCCCCGGGGGCUCCCCAGCAAGCUCUCCCGGAGAGACACCAAAAGGAUCCUCAGAGGAGCCCCCAGUGCCUGGCUCUCAGGAGGAGGCUGGGGCAGCUGUGCUGGGUGCCCCAGGGGACAGCAAGGCCAGUGAGCCAACCUUGGGAGAGCGAGUUCCUGGCCCUGCAGCUUCCUCCCUGGCCGAGGAGGAGGCUGAGUGGACCGCGGGAGAAGCCCGCCCGGCCCCUGGCUCCACCCAGGGAACACUGGCCCAGAGGCUGCCCUGUGCUGAGGCCUGCCGUGGAGGAGACACAGGGCCUGGGCUGAGGCCCAGGGCUGAGAGAGAGGACACGGCCGAGCUUGGGGUCCGUCUGGGGAACUCCCUUGUGGACCAUGGCCGCAACUCAGAUCUGUCAGACAUCCAAGAGGAGGAGGAGGAAGAGGAAGAGGAGCUGGGUGUCAGGACUUGCUCUUUCCAGAAGCAGGUUGCCGGCAACAGCCUCAGGGAUGAUGGGGCCAAGCCCCAGCCCGACCCCUUCUGUGAGACUGACAGCGACGAGGAGAUCUUGGAGCAGAUCCUGGAGCUGCCUCUCCAGCAGUUCUGCAGCAAGAAGCUCUUUAGCAUCCCUGAGGAGGAGGAAGGAGAGGACGAGGAGGACGAGGAGGAUGGGAAGAGGCCAGGGGCAGGCUCUUCCUCCCGAGACCCUGACCCACCUGAGCCUGCCUUCCUGGGGCUGGGCUGUGACAGCGGUCGGCCCCGAGGACCUGGCCUAUGUCCUUUGUCUCCCGAGCCCUCCAGGGCUGGGGACCGCCUGGAGGACAUGCCUGGACUAGUUGGUGGAAGCAGCUGGAGAAAAGGAAGUGGCUCCCCCGAGAAGCCCCCCAACCGCAGGCGGUCCCCAGAUCCCCGUGAACACUGCAGCCGACUUCUCAGCAACGGCGGGUCCCAGGCCUCUGGACGACCAGGCCCCGCCCGGGAGAGGGGCGGCCCCCCCGUGGGCGAGGGCACCAGGGCUGGACCAGAGGCUGCUGGGAGAGGGCGGCCGGCCCUUUCGAGGAGGUGCCCCCGUGGCCCAGCCCCAGAAUCAGGCCUGGCCAGCUGCCUCUCCCCCAAGUGCUUGGAAAUCAGCAUCGAAUAUGAUUCUGAGGAAGAGCAAGAGACGGGCGGCGGGGGCAUCAGCGUCACCAGCUCUUGCUACCUCGGAGAUGGGGAGGCGUGGGGCGCAGCACCCACGGGAAGGCCCAGGGGGCCUCCGAAGGCCAAUUCAGGCCCCAACCCCUACCCACGCCUCCCGGCCUGGGAGAAAGGGGAGCCAGAGCAGAGAGGCUGCAGUGCAACUGGCAGAGCCAAGGAGCCACCCUCCCGGGCAACAGAGACUGGGGAGCCCAGAGGGCAGGACGGCUCUGGGCGGAGGGGCCCCCAGCGGAGAGGGGGCCGGGCCCCCAGGCCAGGCUCCGCGGAGCUGGCCCCUCCGAGGAGCCCUCCAGAAGAAGCACUGGCUUACCAGGACCUACCUGUCAGGGUCUUUGUGGCUCUGUUUGACUAUGACCCCGUGUCGAUGUCUCCCAACCCUGAUGCCGGGGAAGAGGAGCUCCCCUUCCAGGAGGGCCAGAUCCUGAAGGUGUUUGGGGACAAGGAUGCCGAUGGCUUCUAUCGGGGUGAAGGCGGGGGCCGGAUGGGCUACAUCCCCUGCAACAUGGUGUCCGAGGUGACUGCGGACAGUCCUGCAGGGAGACAGCAGCUGCUCCAGCGGGGCUAUUUGUCCCCAGAUGUUCUCGUUGAGGGUUCAGGGAACGGUCCCUUUGUCUACUCCACAGCUCGCACAGCUGGGCCUCCCCCCAAGCCCCGCCGCUCCAAGAAAGCUGAGUCAGAAGGCCCUGCCCAGCCCUGUGCAGGCGCCCCCCAGCCGGUCUCCUCUACUGGCCUGAAAGCUCCCCGCUCCAUGGUGGCUGCAUUUGACUACAACCCCCGGGAGAGCUCCCCCAACAUGGACGUGGAGGCAGAGCUGCCGUUCCGGGCAGGGGACGUCAUCACUGUGUUCGGGGGCAUGGAUGAUGAUGGUUUCUACUAUGGGGAACUGAAUGGACAGCGGGGCCUGGUUCCAUCCAACUUCUUGGAGGGCCCUGGGCCUGAGGCAGGCGGCUCAGACAGGGAGCCCGGGACACCCCAGGCCGAGGGGCAGCACUGGGCCAGCUCAACACAAGGGCCCCCAGCGCCCCCAGGCUGGCCCUGUGCUCCUGGCCCUGGCCGCUUCGCCGGGAUUGAAUGGGGGGUGCCACAGGGCCCGAGCAAGAAGGUGUGGGGUCUCCUCUCCAAGGGGAGGCAGCUCCUCAGGAAACUGGGCUCUGGGAAGAAGGAGUGACGCUGCGGCCCGUCCUGCAGGCCCGAGGCCCCGGCGCACUGUCCUGGCUGCUUGGGGAAGGCCCUGGACUCUCGUUCUCCCGAGCCAGCGCGCUGGCACUUGGAUGGGAAUUAUACUCGGUGAAGGUCAGAGCUAGAUGAGCCCUUGCGGUUGAGUCCUCUGGAUGGGCAUCUUCCUCUGACAGGAGGGCAGCCUGAGCCGCAGCGUGCGGAAGCGAGUCGGCCACAGGGCUGAGCACCUGCAUCACAGAGCCAGGCCUGGGUGUGGACUCGUGACUCCUGGUUCUCCCACCUCCACCUGGUGUCCAGCAUGCAAUGCUAGUCCCUUCUUGGCCUCCACAUGCCUGGCCCGGGGACCCUGUUCCCUCCGACGGCGCUGGCCAUCCUCAUCAAGUCUUCCCUCCGUGUAGGAGAGUUUGCACUGGAUUCUGCAGAGCGCCCCAGCCCCGGGGCGGGCAGGGGGGUGGAGCCGUGUAUAUAUGUACAUACUCAGUGCCUCAGCCCAGCUUCUUCCAUCUCCCUUCCACUGCACAGGCCCGGGAAGGAGAAAGGCCAAGCCAAAGCGGGCCUGACCCCGCCCCAUAGCGCUCCCCUCCUGCCAGCCGCCCUCCUGGCCUGAGACCCGGGCCAGCGGUCAGAACGCAGGAGUUGGGUUUGCCUUAUUUUGCUCAUCAGAUUCAACUUCUCUUUUGCAUCGUUUUCCUCUGGCCCCUGUUGGAGUCGGGGGCCUGCGGAAGAGGACAGAUUUAUGCAGCUAUUUUCAUACAUCCCCUGUUCAGAUUGGGGUGGGGGGCUCUCCCCCCUUACCCUAGCCACCUCCCUCCUCCUCCCCCUCCGGCUGGGUGAGUGUCUCUGCAUGUUUCCUUUGCUGUGGUGGGAGAUUGUUCGACUGAAUGCCGCCCCCCCCCACCUUGGUCUCCAGGGGUGUGGAAUGGUGGGGGCAUUUGUUUAAAGAGACAUUUUAUUAUAAUAAAGUCUAUU